GAUUACGCACGAGACCAUCAAGGGUAUGUCAUGUCAUGUCAUUGUUGUUGUGUUGUGUUGUGUCGUGUGUUUUUUUUUUCUUGCUUGCUAUCGUUAUCGUUUUCGUUCGAUUUGCCCCUCAUUGAACUGGCUGGCUGGCGGGGGACUCUUUUUACCCCACGUCAUAUUGAGGCCAGGGCAGUCAUGUACCAUCCCAUCCCAUCACAUGCCACCUUGGUGGUUUAUCUUUAUUUGUGAAGACGGUUGUCCGUUCAAUUGCUAUCAUGGAUUCGAGGUUAUGGAUAUGCACCUCGUCUUUCUGCUCUUAUAUCUCUGCAUAUUUCCCAUCUUGUGAAUUGUUGAAGGAUCCCCAUUCCAUAUUGUUGCUGGAUACCAUCUGCCUGUUUUUCGUCACUAGCUAUCUCCUACUUACCUCUGCUGCUAUCGAAGACGAGUGAUAGCAUCAUAGUUACUUGCUUCCAAGCUUGAAUAUACUAACAUUGAAAUUUGAAUAGAUGGCUGGUUCAGGGAAAUCUCCCAUAUGUGGCCUGGCCAGGCCAUGACCCUCAAGGUCGAAAAGGUCCUGCAUCACGAGAAGAGCAAGUACCAAGACGUCUUGAUCUUCAAGUCCACCGACUACGGCACCGUCCUGGUCCUAGACAACGUCAUCCAGUGCACCGAGCGUGACGAGUUCUCCUAUCAGGAGAUGAUCACUCAUCUCGCCAUGAACUCCCACCCCGACCCCAAGAAGGUCCUCGUCAUCGGUGGUGGUGAUGGUGGUGUGCUCCGUGAGGUUGUCAAGCAUGAGUGCGUUGAGGAGGCUAUUCUUUGCGAUAUCGACGAGGCCGUCAUUCGUCUCUCCAAGGAAUACCUCCCCGGCAUGUCCGAAGGCUUCAACCACCCCAAGGUGAAAGUCCACGUCGGCGACGGCUUCAAGUUCCUCGACGAGUACAAGAACGCCUUCGACGUCAUCAUCACCGACUCGUCGGACCCGGACGGACCCGCCGAGUCCCUCUUCCAAAAGUCGUACUUCCAGCUCCUGCACGACGCCCUGCGUCCUGGUGGCGUCAUCACUACACAAGCCGAGAACCAAUGGCUCCACCUCCCUCUCAUCACGAAGCUCAAGAAAGACUGCGGUGAAGUCUUCGCCGUCGCGGAGUACGCGUACACGACCAUCCCGACGUAUCCCUCGGGCCAAAUCGGAUUCAUGGUGUGCUGCAAGGAAGCCGGGCGGAACGUGCGCGAGCCGCUGCGCUCGUGGAGCAAAGAGGAGGAGGACAAACUCUGUCGAUACUAUAAUGCGGAUAUCCACAGGGCAAGCUUCGUCUUGCCUACGUUUGCGAAGAAGGCGCUGCAAUAAAUGGCAUGGGAAUGGGGGCAUUUAUUAGGAGAAAAGAGGAUGGGAUUAUGAAUGAAUUAAGAAAGAAAGGGAAAAAUAAAUAAUUAGAGCUUUUCUUUUGAGCCAAGAUUUUGAUAGGAGAAUUGGAACGUAUGCUUUACUUACUGGUAGUUGACUUAGUCUGGUUAAGGUGACUGAUUAUGUGCAUGCAUGCGUAUUGUAGGUAGGUAUUGAUUGGUAUAUACUAGAAGAAACAACGAUAUACUGGAAGGGAGGGGAUGAAAUACAACUAGCUCUCCUUCAUAGAGUCUUAUAUUACACCACUAUUCGCUUUUUUU